AUGUCACCACAUGUCCCCGAAGUCCUUGUCGAGGCGAGUGAGGUCUCGACCUCCAGCCAGGAAGUCGUGGAUGAACAGUCCGGUAUUGCUGUGCUUGCAACCAAGGAUGAGAAUGAAUCAGGCGACUAUAAACUUGACAGCGAUCCAGACGUGGUCUUAGUCACUGGUGCUGAUGCGGCUCUUCGUCUACCGCCACUGCGAGAUGACUUCGAUAAGGCCUUGACCUUUCGUAGCAUCAUACUUGCUUCUGGUCUUGCCUGCUUUCAGGCUGUCAUGACCCAGAUUUACUCGUUCAAACCCACCCAGGUUUCCAUCCAGGGAACGUUUCUCGUACUCAUUUCUUACUUUAUCGGCAAUGCCUGGGCUAUGCUCCUUCCGCGAGGUGACAAACUCGAAUCUCGAUGGAGAGAACGCGGUGGUCAGGGCAAGCUGCCUUGGUGGAUUACAGUAAUGAAGUUUGUGAAUCAUGGUCCAUGGAGCUUGAAGGAACAUUCGAUUUGCUCGAUCACGGCCAAUUCUGCUUCGAAUGCUGGUGCUGUAUGCACCGUCUUUGCAGCACAGAAUUUGUUUUAUGAUCUUCCUCUGAAUGCCGCUACUGUGAUAUUGGUAACUAUCUCAAUCGGCCUCUUUGGCUACGGAAUUUGCGGAAUGAUGCGUCCAGUUGCCGUCUGGCAUAUUAAAGCGGUCUACUGGAUCAAUUUACCGAUGGUAAAGACCCUUCAGGGACUUCACUGGCAGCAAGUGAAAGAUUCAAAGCCCCUCCGAUACUUCUGUGGUGCGACUUCUAAUGAAGGUCUUGGGCUAUUCGGUCUUUCUUUUGACUGGCAAAUACUUCUCACGGCUAAUGGUACUUCAUACCCUUUGGGCAAAGUGUUCCCAGGCGGUGUCCUCGACGAGGCUGCCUUGGCUGAGCAUGGCCUGCCUCGACUCACUGGAACGUUUGCUUAUGCGAUGCUAAUGGCUAAUGCUGCAAUCGGAGCCCUGAUUGUCCAUUGCAUUCUUUUCUGGGGUAAGGAUAUCCUGCGAGCUUACCAAAGCGCAAGGCAGGGGAGAUAUGACGAUCGCCAUCAUCAGCAUAUGGCCACACACUAUCAAGAAACUCCCUGGUGGUGGUAUGUCUUCAUUCUCGUCGGUAGCUUUGUCCUAGGAGUUGUUGUGAUUGUGAAAGAGAAGCUUACUUUGCCGAUAUGGGCAUACGUUGUGGCCCUCAUUUGCGGAUGCAUCGUCACGCCUUUUACCACAAUCCUUUUCUCUCGAUUUGGUAAUGGUAUUGCUACUAACAAUUUGUCGAAGAUGUUGGCUGGCCUUAUGGUUCCCAGGCAUCCAAUCGGAAACAUGUACUUUGCAGCUUGGUCUCAUAGUGUUGCCAAUAAUGCAGUUCUUCUUUCAGGGGAUCUGAAGAUGGGCGAAUACCUGAAAAUCCCUCCCCGCAUCAUUUUUUUGACGCAGGUCUAUGGUACAAUGCUGGGUGCAUUCAUAAACUACGUCAUUAUGAUCUCCAUCGUGACGGACAAUCGCGAUCUUCUCGUGGGAGGCAACGGAAACAACGCCUGGAGUGGUGCGUCUGUCCAAGCGUACAAUACUAAUGCGGCAUCAUGGGCUCUGUCUCCCUAUAUUUACAGAGUGGGCACCCCAUAUGGUCUGAUCCCGAUUGGUCUCGUCAUUGGUGCCGGUGCAGUUAUCCUCCACCGCAUUGUGUAUUAUGAUCCGAGGUUUCAACCUGACAGAAAUCAAUCUGCCACAGUUUAUCCAAUAUGUGGAAUGGUGCCAUACAACACACCUCAAACCUGCGUCAUCUUCAGUCAGAUUAUCGGCGGAUUCUAUGCUCAAUACUAUCUCCGAAACUACAAGCAGCGGAUCUUCAAGGAAUUUUCAUACCUGGUGACGGCAGCCUUCGAUGGUGCCGCUCUGACUGUUAUGUUUAUCCUUUCGUUUGCUGUUCUCGGAGCUGGUGGACCACAACACCCCUUCCCAACCUGGUGGGGGAACAACGCGGAUGGAAACUAUGACUGGUGUCCUGUUAAGGAGUGA